UACAAAAUGUAUUACUUUCGAAAUAACACUAUUGAAAUAAUCGCCUUCGUGUGGACGUAAUAUGCGAGGUGAAUCAAUUUCGAAGUGCACUUUGUACAAUUACACGUGCACAUAUUGCAGGACGACCACUUUUAGUGAACGGAAAUGUGUGUAUGGGUUCUGAGGACUACACAGGAACAAACAAUUCGAUUUUUCAUCGCCAUGAUCUACAAGACGACUGUGGUGUCGUGAUGCUCCCACGUGGGUGUUUCUAAGUACACGUUGUGAGCAAUAUUUGAGGUGGAUCACUUCAGGUGAACAGUUUCUGUAAUCUUUAACAUCUGUUGAAAGGGAAGUAGUUUUGUAAAUAGUUUUGCUUUUCUCGAGACCAUGCCGACCACCGGGGCUGUUUGUAUAUCAUGAAAAUGGCUACGUUCAAGUUGGGUGUUACCGCAACGCUCUUGGUGGUAAGUGUGCUGCUGCUGUGGAUGCAGAAUAUUAACAUGUUGAUGAAGCAUCGUGAUAACCAUCGAAUGAGUCAUCCAUGGCAUCCCCCACCACGGCGUCUAAGGACGAAGACGCCAUACCCAGCCACCAACAGCAUACACUACAUACUCAACAAUCCCAGCAUCUGCAGGGAUACCGAGACAGUGUCGCUUUUAUUUAUCGUCAGUUCAUCCACAACUCACGUGAAGUCUCGUCAGUAUAUCCGUGAUACAUUUGCCAAUCACACGUACUUCCGGUUCCAUGUCGUCAGACUAAUUUUUGUUGUUGGUAAAUCACAGAAGGAAAGCAUUGAAAACAAACUGAUUGCCGAGAGCCGAAUGUAUGGUGACGUCAUACAAGCUGACUUCCGGGAUUCAUAUCGUAAUCUCACGCUGAAAGUCGUGACGGAGUUUCACUGGGUGUCAAAACAUUGUCCUAAUGCAAUUGUUGUUGCUAAGAUUGACGAUGACACCUUUGUAGAUACUGUAAAAUUGUUAAGAGCAUAUUUUCCCGUUUUCCGAACUGGCAGAAAAUAUAUUUUGUGUAAUUUUAUUCCAAGGAUGCUGAUUGACCGUGAUGGGCGAUGGAGAAUUUCGAAUAAAGAACACGUGCUCAAACACUAUGAUGCCUUCCCCUGGAGCUACUGUAGCGGGUAUGGGGUGUUUCUAAGCGGCAAUAUGAUUGGCCAGUUGUACAAAGCGGCCACGAUGUCGCCGUUUCUGUGGGUGGACGAUGUCUACUUCUCGGGGGUACUCCCGUCCAAACUCACAGGGUUCAAAUACAAACACAUAGAGAAUAGAUGGAACGAAAAGGUCAAUAACACAGAAUGUUUCCUGCGCGCCAACUGUCAUGAUAUUUUCGGAAUAGUGCAAAAGGAAGAUCUAUAUCCAAUUUGGAAUUACACAAUAAAAACACGUUAUCGAAAAUACACCUUUUGAUAUGACCAAAGGCUGAAUGAGUGAAUAUUGUUUCAUGUAGAUAAAUGUUAUUUUAGUUAUAUAAGUGUGGUGUUAUUAUUUUAAAAUGUGAAAAUCAUUUUUGAAAAUAAAUUCACUGAUAUUGUAACGUUGGAAAGAGGAAUGAUCUAAUCAAUAACAGCGCUAUUAGUUGUGGAUGUAAGACACAAUAUGUUGUAUGAUUUUUGAGAAUACAUCAUCUCAAUAUUGAAAAGGCAGAAAUGGAUAAGCGAAGUACAUUGAAGAGAGAUUGAGAGCAGUACGAGUAAUGACCCUCGAGGACCAAGAGCUUUAUGACUGCUCUUAGACUCUCAUACAGACCCUGAAGUAAAUAUAUCCAAGAAAGCCCACGCAAGUCU